UAUCCCGUCCGCCUAUCACUUCCAGCCUUGAGGGGGACAUCAGGGAGCCGAGGGACUCACUACACCUUCUAAGCUUUUCCCUCCCACUCCCAAUUUUAUUUCCCCGAGAGAGAAAAUAGCGAAAAUGUCAGAAAACGAUGAAGGAAACGACAAGAAAACGCAAGGAUCUAACCCUAAGAAGCUCAAACUCGUAACCUUCACCGGAGCCGCCGGGCUGUUAGGACUCGCCGUCAGUUUCGCCAUCUUCGCUUUCAACUCUCACAAGCAAAAAUCCAAAAAGAAAGGUCUUCCCGGUUGCGAUUCUGUUUGCGUUAACCUAUCCGCGAAGGAGAUCCUCGAUUUAGCUGACCAAAUCAUCUCCAAUUCCACUCGAGUUCACGACGCUGUUGCCUCGGUUCCUCUAAACAAGCUCUCUUAUGAGAACGUUGUGUUGCCGCUGGCGGAGCUUGAAGCAAGGCUGCUUCCGCUUAUACAAUGCUGUGUGGUUCCUAAGAUGUUAUCUCCUCAGGAUAAUGUUCGUAAAGCUAGUGCUGAAGCUGAGCUGAAGAUAGACGCUCAUCUUCUCUCCUGCAGGAAACGAGAAGAUGUUUACCGGGUUAUCAGAAUUUAUGCUGCAAAGGGAGAAUCAAUUGCUCCUGACGCUAAAUGCUAUCUACAGUGUCUGGUUAGAGACUUCGAGGACAAUGGUCUGAACCUUACUACAACAAAAAGAGAGGAAGUAGAGAGAUUGAAAGAUGAAAUUGACGAGCUAAGCUUGCGAUACGUUCAGAAUUUAAAUGAAGAUAGUUCUUGUCUUUUCUUUACUGAGGCUGAGCUUGCUGGUUUGCCUGUAGAAUUUCUUCAGAGUUUGGAUAAAACUCAAAGUAAAGAAUUUAAGCUCACCUUGGAAAGUAGUCACGUAGCAGCUAUUCUGGAGUUAUGCAAGAUAGCCAAGACAAGGAAGACAGUGGCUAUGGCAUAUGGAAAGAGAUGUGGAGAUGCCAAUAUUCCGGUGUUACAAAAAUUGGUUCAGUCGCGCCAUAGAUUAGCUCGCUUACUUGGUUAUGCACACUUCGCUGAUUACGCUCUUGAUCAUAGGAUGUCAAAGACAUCAACAACGGUGAUCAGAUUCCUGGAGGACAUCUCUUCCAGUUUAACGGAUUUAGCUAUUAGAGAGUUUUCCAUUUUGAAAGAUCUGAAGAGGAAAGAAGAAGGGGAGCUUCCGUUUGGCGUAGAAGAUCUUUUAUAUUAUAUAAAGAGGGUAGAGGAGCUGCAGUUUGAUCUUGACUUCGGAGAUAUCCGACAAUAUUUCCCUGUCAGUUUAGUCCUUUCCGGAAUCUUUAAAAUAUGUCAGGACCUUUUCGGGAUAAAAAUUGAGGAGGUUACAGAAACUGAUGUCUGGUAUUAUGAUGUUCAAGCUUUUGCCGUGUUUGACUCUGGGUCUGGAAAGCUUUUGGGUUAUUUCUAUCUUGACAUGUUUACAAGGGAAGGGAAAUUUAGUCACAGCUGUGUGGUGAGUCUUCAGAACAAUGCAUUGUUCUCCAAUGGUGCAUGUCAGAUUCCCGUGGCGUUGCUUAUUGCACAGUUUUCAAAGGAUGGUGGUGGUGAAGCUAUGCCAUUGGGAUUCUCUGAGGUGGUUAAUCUUUUUCAUGAGUUUGGCCAUGUGGUCCAACAUAUCUGCAAUCGUGCUUCAUUUGCUAGAUUCUCAGGCCUACGUGUUGACCCUGACUUUCGGGAGAUUCCAUCUCAAUUAUUGGAAAACUGGUGUUACGAGAGUUUCACCUUGAAGUUGGUAUCAGGUUAUCGUCAGGAUAUCACCAAGCCACUGGUUGAUGAAGUCUGCAAAACACUCAAACGUUGGCGAUAUUCUUUCUCUGCACUCAAGUCGCUUCAGGAGAUAUUAUACUGUUUAUUUGAUCAAAAAAUAUAUUCGGAGGAUGAUGUGGACUUUAGCCAGCUAAUCAGGAGUCUUCAUCCAAAGGUGAUGUUAGGGCUACCAGUGGUGGAAGGGACAAACCCUGCUUCAUGUUUCCCACGUGCUGUAAUUGGCUCUGAAGCAACGUGUUACAGCCGUUUAUGGAGUGAGGUGUUUGCUGCUGAUAUAUUUGCUUCACAAUUUGGGGAUGGGCAUCCGAAUCUGUAUAUGGGCUUGCAGUUCCGAGACAAAGUGUUGGCCCAGGGAGGAGGCAAAGAAGCCAUGGAACUUCUCACCAGUUUUCUUGGAAGGGAACCAUCAACACAAGCUUACAUUGAGAGCCGGACAAAGUAUGGAUUGUGAUAUCUGCGCAUUUAACAGUAGGAUGUUCUCUAAUGAAUCUGUCGGCUGAUGAGAACUCAAAAUGCUGUUUGCGAAACUGAACAAACAUUUUGUCGUUGUCAGAGACGGCCGUUUUUUGGUGGAACCAUUCAUUUA